AUGAGUUCUGAAACGAUUUCCAAGCACGAGUUCGAAGUGCGAGACCUCGAAAUCCAAAAAGUGGUCGUUUUUUCGGACCGCGCCGAAAUUAAGCGACUGGCCAGGGUUCAGCUUAAUGCCGGUACCAAUGAGGUUCAUGUCAAGGUAAAAAUAAGGAUGUUCGAAUCGACAAUGUGAAAAUACCUAUUUUUUAGAACCUCACCUCCUCCUUGCUGCCGGAUUCCCUACGUGUCGACGGCCGCGGAAACGCUCAAAUUCAUGAAGUCCAGGAGAAAAGCCAGCCGGCGGUUCAUGAGGAGAAAGAUUCGCCUAAGGUUUUCUGGAAAAAAAAAAUAUAAAUUAUAAAUAUUCAUUUCUAGGUUGCCGGACUACGGAAAAUCCUGAAAGAACGGGAACACGAAAUGAAGGAGCUGGAAGAACGAAAAGAAGUUCUUGACAAGAGAAUUCAGGCGUUGGAUAAGAUGAUUAGUGAGGUAUGGAUUGGAAAAAAACAGCUUUGAACGGUAAAGCGACAUUCAAAAUUAAGAGAAGGUUUUAGUAACUUGGAACUUCCCAAAAACCAGAAAAUAAUCCCACAUUUUUGUGGCAAAUCCAAAGAAUUUUUAAGUCUUCAAGCUGAGAAGUUGUGCGGAGAGAAAAUCGAAACACUGUCAGUAUACAAAAAUAUUUCUAAAAUAAAAAUUCAUGAAAAAACUGAAAAAUUCAAUUUCACUUUUUCGCGGCUUUGCUUGUCCGUGGAGCACACUAUGCGUCGGAGGAUAAUUUUUCUGCAGAUUUUUUUUUUGUUAUUUUCCACUGGUUGUUAUUUUCCCUCUUCCUUUUUUUGGAGGCUUUUUUCACCCUUUUUUUCCUUUAUUUAUUCUUCUCAAUUAUUUCUAAUAAUAAAAUUUAGGUCGGUAGCGGCGUUGUGAACCCACCAAAAGAGGCUGGAAGCUCCUUCGCCCUCGACGAAAAUACUCUGGGAAGCUUGGAAAAGUUCUUCGAGUACUACGAGAACACUUCGGCCGAUUUGCGCAAAAGUGCGAACUUUUUAAUGACCAUUUGUAAUGAAAAUUGCUUUUUAGAAACGCGAAACGUGCAGGAGGAGCUUGAAAAAGCGGUUGAGAAGACGAACAAAGCGAGAAAUGAUCUUGCACAAGCGAUCAAUGAAUCGUAUUCGCAUGGUUGGAGCAGGUGAGACUAGAGCUUUAUGAAUUUUAGAGGUUUUGUAGGGGAAUGGCAUAAUAAUGCUUUUUUAAUAGGUCUAAAAAGAAAAAAAAAGACACGUUGCAAGUUGAGAAAUGGAACAAAAAAAUCAUUUAGAUCGGCGAUCAUCACCCUGGAAAGCCCUGCUGAGACUGAAGCCGAACUUGACAUCAUUUAUCAAGUUUACAACGCCAGCUGGCGUCCGAGCUACGAUAUCCGUGUCGAUACCGGCGCGACUCCAAAUUUGAAGGUCAUUUUUUGAUUUUUAAUAUUUUGAAAAUUCAUUUUUUGCGUAUUUCAAUUCAUGUAUUCCAUGAUUGCUAUUUUGUCAUGAAAUUCCUAUCAUCAAAACAAUUUUUUCAGAUCAGCUACUACGGCAAGAUCUCGCAGUCGACCGAGGAAAACUGGGAAGACGUGCCACUGGUGAGGAAAAAUGAAAUAAUUGGGGACAUUAUGAUUUCUCGUAGGUCCUCACAACGGCCCAACCCUGCUUGGGCGGUCAUGUUCCAGAAUUGGGCACUUUGGAGGCUUCCUUCUGGCGUCCGCCACCACCACCAGUCGCACAGCCUGAAGUUUUGUGAGUUUCAUUCAUGGGAUGAAGAAAAUAUCUGGAAAAAAAAAUUACGCUUGAAAAUAAAAAAGAUCUUGAAGAGGUUCGAAAGACAUUCAACGCGCUGAGAAUACUUCUUGAAUCCUUAGUCAAGCCUAUUUAUCAUUUAAAAUUUUUAGAAUUGCUUUUCACUAUUUUUAAUAGACUCGAAAAUGUUUUUGCCAAAUCUAUACGAUUCAAAAAAACAAAAAAGGGCUUUAUGUUUGUUUUUUUUUCACUAACUUUGUCCAGUUCUCUAACCUUACCCCUGAAAAUUUCAUGUUUUUUCAAGCAGGGCUUGCUCUUUCGGUGGCUCGAACAUCAUGCGAAAGGCCAAGAUGGCGCCAAUGAUGGCCGCUGCUCCAGCGAUGGACACCGUGGCUGUCAGUUCUCAUCUUCUAUUUUCGAUUUUUCUCUAAAUUCCACAGAUAAGCGCGUAGAGAAGAUGCGACUUUAUAUAUUGAAACUAUGGAAAAAAAAGGCGUGUGAAUCUUUCAAUUUCAGAUCGCUGAAGUCCGCGAGAACACUCUGAGUACCGAGUUCCAAAUCGCACGCUUGGCCUCGAUUCCACAAGGAGGGUCUGAUCAUAAGGUUGGUUUGCGGCUUUUAUAGCCUAUUAAGCAGGGCUCACAACAGUCUCCAUCCUCUUCUCUCUCGCUGAUGAGAGAAAAAAAAAAAUCGCAGACGGCUAGACGGUUUCAAUACCAUUGAAUUGAGCAAAAAACUUUUUUUACGCAUGUAGCUUUCACUAUACCUCCGCUUGAAACAGUUUGACCUGCGUCCUUUUUUUCUCUACCAGAAAAGGUCAGAAAAGCAUGGAAAUAGCACGUGAACAUAAGAGAGAGCCGAGAAAUAAAACCAGGAAGACGAAUCUGGAAAAAGAAAUGACAUCAUUCAACCCUUCCAUGACGUCAUUUUUAUGUAAGACGUCAUAGUUAUAGCCAUAUCUUCUUUUUUUCUCACAAGUAGCACGAUCAGGAAAACUGUGCGCGAAAAUGAGAGCUCCAGACGGAGUUGAAUUUAUUAAUUACUUCACUUAAUACGCUUUGAUGACGUCAUUUCCAAGAGACUUCUGAAAAUUUUGACAUCAGAUUUGGGCAUUUUUAACGCUCUAGAAUAUAUCCAAACGAAUAUUUUUAAAGUUAUUCUUGCUCUUUUUUUGAGCUCCUAAUCUCAAUUUCCAAUGACAUCACUGAAGCCUUCAAUGACGUCACUUUCCAGGUGACGAUCGGAAUCGUUGACGUCAUCCCUCAACUGGUCCACGAGACGGUCCCAUCGAAGAACACGUCGGUUUUCCUCACGGCCAGCGCUGUCAAUAAUUCCGUCUUGGCCUUCCUCAACGGAGAAGCUUCCGUCUACCUGAACAACGCCUUCGUUGCCAAGGUAUGGCGACAAAAAAAAAUGGAGAAAGAAGGGAAUGGUCAUGAGAAAAAAGAACAGAACAGACUUUUCCGGAACAAGUUGCGUUUCAGCUAAAUUACUGAUCUAUUCCGACGUUUACUUAUUUCUUUUUUUCAGACCAACAUCAAGAACGUCUCCCCCGGAGAGCGUUUCUCUGUUUCUCUCGGCGUCGACACGGCCAUCAAGGUCGAAUACAAGCCGGCCAAGAAGUACCAUGAACAGGUGGAGCUUGAGGAAAAGUUCUGGAAAACCACAAAAAUAUCUUAGACUGGAUUCAUCAACAAAUCCUCGACGAACGUCAACGAACAACUGAUUUCGGUCAAGAAUUCCCGAUCUGAGCACCCGAUUUUGAUCACCAUCAAGCAUCACGUGCCGCGCAGUACCGAUGAGAAGAUCAAGGUUUGUUUCGGGACAAUUAUACAUUUUUUUCAGAUAGAAAUUGAAUUUCAAAGGAGAAAAGGUAGGUAGAAAAAAAUUAAACCUGGCUUCAUUUCUUUUUCAGGCCCAGGAGAAAAAUAAGACCAGUUGUAUCUGAUUUAGAUGCUUUAAACUUUAAUUAGGUUGAAAAAAAGAAUGCAGGCUAGAUCUCUAUGACAGCAAUAGCUCAAAAAAAUGAUAGAAAAUUUGGAAUUCGGAUAAAAAUUAAUUGAAAAAUAUUCAUUUCUCGUUGGGAUCAGUUUUUGGUCUAUUCAAAGAUUUAUUAUUUGAUGACGUCAUUUUUUCGGAGAGUGUUUUGACGUCACUGUGGAAAAAUUGAGAAUUUUUUUCUUAAACAGGAGCUUGAAGUUAUAAUAUAUAUCCAAAGGAUUCAAUUUUGAUCGAUUUUUUUCGGUUUUUGAAGCUUCAAGAGCGGUUUAUUUGGACACCUGAGAAAAAUUCUGAAACUGUUUUUUUACCCUGAAAUUUUUUUUCAAAGAAAGAAGGAUCUCAAAAAACUUUCCUAAAUCUCAAAAGCUCAUCAAAACUUGAUUAAAAAAGUAAUGAUAUUUUAAAGUUCUUGGGAUAAGAAAAUUGAUUUUUCCCAUCUUCCCAGAUCUCCCUGAUCAACCCCAACGCGACGCCCUACGACGCCACGGCCGCUGAUCAUCACGAGGAAUCCCCGAAAGAAGGAGCCCGACUCAACUCGAACAACAACUUGGAAUGGACUGUCCGACUCCCUGGAGGCAAAAUCGAGAAUCUCGUCAUCAAAUGGGUCGUCGAACAUCCCAAGGAGGAGAAAAUCGAGUACAACGAGACAUUCUAA